UAUUUCCAGCCCUCCCCCUGCGUUGCCAUUUUGCACUGCAUGAAGAUGUCUGGAAAUAUCUCCCGGAAGAAUUUCAUCUCAAGGAUUGUCUUCGUUUCCCUCAUUAGCACCGUCUACACUCCAGGAAAUGCCCAGCCGGAUAGGAAUCAAAAUUACGCCUGUAGAGAUUCAGAAAAUCAAACUAUAGCACUAAACGUGACUUUAAAAACUUGCUAUCCAGCUGAUAUGACUAUUAAUGGAACAGUAGUCGCCAAUGAAGAAGGUUGUCAACCACCGAUAAUAAAUGUAAUAUUUGGAAUAUCUGCAGUGAUUACUGGUUGCCAUAUUAUUCUAUAUCGUUGUUUUUAUAAUGGCACUGAAGAAUGGCUAAUUUUAACACCUAUUCCAACAGAAAGCAAUGAUACAGCUAUUCCAACAGAAAGAAAUGAUCCAGCUAUUCCAACAGAAAGCAAUGAUACAGCUAUUCGAACAGAAAGAAAUGAUCCAGGUCUGCCGACUGAAGCCAUAGUUGCGAUAUGUUUUGGGAUCGUCUUUCUUAUGAUCAUUAUCAUUAUCAUUGUUCGAUGGAGGGAUAUCCGCAGAUUCAGCGCCCACUACUUGAAGAAAUUCCUCCCCGUCUCCGCUCCACAAACCAGGAUUCUUUGGAAGAAAAAUUCACGCGGGAAAAAUCCCACAGAUGAUACGGCCAAUGAUCAAUCUACACAGUCAGAAGCUGAAGCGGUGAAACUUGUUCCAAGUGGCGACGGAGAGAGACAGGAAACUCUCGAAAGCUCAAAGGAUGAUAAUAUUACAGUAAUUGAAUGAUACAGCAUGGAAACAGGCCCGUCGGCCCAACUUGCCCACACUGGCCAACAUACUCCAUCAACACUAGUCCCACCUGCCCGCGUUUGGCCCAUAUCCCUACAAACCUGUCCUAUCCAUGUAUCUGUCCAAGUGUUGGGAUAGUCCCA